AUGGCUUCUUCACACCACUCCCCAUCAUUUAGGAGCCUUCCUUCAAGAGACAAUGCCAGUUCCGGCACUUCUUUGACGGAUAGCUACCCACAGUCCCCAGCUACACCUAAAGGUCUCGCGUCUCUCACGUCCAAAGUUACCAGUGUUCUCUCGACCACACAUUCCGAUGCUGAGUUUCGGGACGCACUGUCCCUUCUUGAUGAACGUGGGAUUCGCAACGACGCCGAAAGUCGCCGGCGUGUCCGCUUGGACUUGCAAAGAGAGGUUAUUGAUAGCAACGGUGAGGUCAUUGCCGAAUUUGGGCGUGUAGCAGAGCAACUUAGGCGGAUCAAAACAACUAUCGACAAACUCAACAAUGGGUACGAAACAAUGAAAAGCCAAGUCGUUGAGGCUCACAGACAGACAUUGCCGGCACUCUCUGAGUCAUCUUCUCUACUAGAGCAGAAACGACAGGUCGAGGUCAAGCAGCACCUUCUUGGAGCUUUCAGGAAACAUUUCAUUAUGUCUGACAAUGAAGUCGCUGCCUUGACACAGACAGCCGAACCGGUAGAUGACCUCUUUUUUAAUGCAUUGAGCAAAGCGAAAAAGAUCAGUAAGGACUGCGAAAUCCUACUCGGUUUUGAAAAACAGACACUAGGACUGGAGCUUAUGGAGCAAAUGUCGAAGAACAUCAACCUCGGCUUCCAGAAACUUUACAAGUGGAUUCAGCGAGAGUUCAAGACCUUGAAUCUUGAAAAUCCGCAAAUGAACUCGUCGAUCCGCAGGGCGCUUCGGGUUCUUGCUGAGCGGCCAUCACUGUUCCAGAACUGUCUCGAUUUCUUUUCCGAGGCGCGGGAAAGAAUCCUUUCAGACUCGUUCUACACUGCGCUGACUGGUACCUCGCCAUCGGGAGCUGAGGAUCCGUCUGUCAAACCAAUCGAUAUGCUGGCACAUGACCCGUUGCGCUAUGUUGGAGACAUGCUAGCCUGGAUCCAUUCGGCUACAGUUAGCGAACGUGAGGCAUUGGAAAUUCUUUUCGUCGCAGAGGGGGAGGAACUGGCCAAGGGGCUCAAGUCUGGACGAGAUGCCGAGAUAUGGCGUCUUGUUGCCGAAGACGACGAAGCCGAAGCCGACUUUAAUGCACUUAAAGCACUGAAUGAUCUGGUAGAUCGCGACAUAUCUGGCGCCGCUCGUGUUCUUCGUCAACGGAUGGAGCAGGUAAUUCAGGCCAAUGAGGACACCAUACCGGCCUACAGACUGGCAAACCUCAUCAACUUUUACCGCAUUACUUUUCAAAAAACCCUUGGUCCCAACUCUAACCUAGUAGACCUAAUCGGAGGAUUGGAGACUGAAGCACUGAGACAAUUCCGAGCCUUGGUAAGAGACCGCAUCGCAACUUUACAGGGUGAAUUUCAACAUGCUCCGUCCGACCUUGGCCCACCCGGUUUUCUACAGGACUCGCUUAAACAAUUCAAGGCUAUAGCUAAAACCUAUGACUCUUCGUUAUCUGCUUCGGAAGAUCGUGAAGGCGAGUUCGAGAAUGUGUUGGCAGAGGCUUUCGAACCAUUCAUGGCUGGCUGUGAGAACAUGAUCAAAAAUAUGAACACACAGAAUGGCGGAAUCUUCCUCAUCAAUUGCCUGUCUUUGGCAGUGGCAUGUCUAGAACCAUUCGAAUUUACGCAACAGAGGACCAAGCAGCUGCGUGAGAAAUCAGGUGAGCAGGCUAAAGAGCUUGUUGCCAGUCAGUACCAAUUCUUUCGAAAGGGCUCGGGACUGGAUGCUAUCUUUUCGAAAUUGGAGGACGAUGACAAAAGUGCCACAGCCUUGGAUGAGAAAGCUCUGUCUCAGGCAAGCCAUAUGUUGGACGACUUUCUCCCAUCAGCACUUAUGGAUGCUAUGGAGAAUCUGAAACAUCUCCAGGACUCUAAAUUAGCACGACAAAUUACUGAGGAGGCGGCUGAGCAAUUCUGCAACGACUUUGAGCAGCUAGAGGAGGCCAUAACGGAGGGAGAUGGUGAAUCCGUGGACUCGGGAGAAGACGAGGGGCUGCGGUCCAUUUUCCCCAGGACAACGGCAGAAAUCCGCGUCCUACUCUCUUGA